AUGAAUGAUGCAUACAAUAGUCCAGCGACCAAUGACUUGGGCAUGGUGACACCAGAGUCUGAGGUGUCGACUGAUAUGUGGGCGUCAUUUGGCAACGAAGGGGACUUGGAUACCAUUUGGAACGAUGGUGAUCUGUUCCAAUACAUGUCUGGCCAAGUAGAUUGGCUUGAAGACAAUUCUCCUUCGCUUCAGUAUACCAAUCCGUGGCAAGAUCUCACACCGCCGUGUGAUUGGCGACCAUGCUGGAGCACAAGUCAUCGAGAGUUGCUCCAUCAUUACUCUGAAGUGCUAUCGCAUUUAAUCGUCUUGAGCGAGGAACCAUUCAACCCUUUCCGAAACUGUAUCAUGCCAAUCAUAUAUGAAUCUCGAGACUCGCCUGUCUUGUAUGCGGCUUUAGCUUUCUCUGCUGCUCACCUUGAGAAUACCGGGAAACAGCUCGAGGAGAGUUCUGUUGAUUUUUACAACCGAAGCUUGGAGGGGAUAUCUCACUCCAUGUCUAAUGGCUUGAGCCCCCAAGAAACUUUGAUUGCUAUCAUCCUCCUUGUAUAUUUCGAGGCACUCGUUCGGUGCGAGUCGUCCCCAAACAUGAAGGCGCAUCUUCAAGACUCCUCGCGCCUACUUCGAAAAAUCGAGGCAUCCAAACAGUUUGAAUUUAAUUUCCUCCACAAGGCACUGGGAUUCUAUGAUGUGAUUCAUUCCCUAUCGACAAGAGCAAAGCCGCUUCUCACCCCACCAGAAGACGUUGCCAAUAAUAGGGGUUACCCAAAAGGCAACCCACAACCCGGUGCUGUCGACCCUUUACUUGGGCUAUCAGAAACAUUAUGGCCCUUGUUAUAUCGCCUUGGCGUCCUCCUCUCUCGUCUUGAGGAGUGGAAGAUCGCGGUAGAGGCCGGUGACGCAUUUGAUUCCGACAUUCUCUAUAUUGCCAUCCAGACCUCGGCAGCUACUCUGAAAGAAACACUUGAGACCUGGGUGCCAGUUGUCCCCCAAGGUUACGUCCUAUCUGACGGCAACAUUAGCCGUCAAGAUGGCCAGAUCACGCCUGACUGCCUCACCAUUCGCGCCAUGUUCCACAAUGCACUCGCCUAUCGUUAUGCCGCUCUCUUGCAGCUUCACAAAGCUGCUUACGGACGACCCCGCCACCAUCGCUGUAUUCAAGAGAACGUGCGCCUUACAUUGACCCACUGUAUGGAGGUAACCUCCUCAAAUGGUCCAGUGAGCGCACUGCUUUGGCCUCUUUUUAUUGCGGCGAGUGAGGCUGUAACGAAAGAGGAUAGAUUGAUGGCCACCCAGACAUUUAGCUGCCUUCAGCAGCGGCAGGGGAUGGUCAAUAUUGAUCACGCCUCAGAAAUUAUUCUCAAAACGUGGAGUGAUCCGUUUAGGUCUUGGGAGAUGGUAGAGCAGGAGAUGGGUUUUACUGUUGUUUUUGGUUAG